GCAGCAUACGGACUUUCCAGUCCUCUCCAGGAUGUUCUCCCACUGGCUCCCAAAGUGCCUAAUCUCAGCACUACUGUGUACUGCAACUAUCGCAGGCCCUGUCCAGAAGGCAGGUCUGACGCUUCCCGGAGACGCGUCUGUUCAUCGUGCCGCCGUCAAGGAAAUAUUCCAGGAGAGCUAUGCGGCUUAUAAGGAAUACGCGUUUGGUCACGAUGAUCUAUCGCCUGUGAGCAAGGGCUUCUCAGAUGGACGUAACGGGUGGGGCGCAUCAAUUGUCGACGCGAUGUCCACCAUGAAAAUCAUGGGUCUAAAUGAUUUGUUCUCCGAGGCUGUCGAUUUUGCUAGCAAAAUCGACUUCAAUCAUUCACAAACUGCUGAUACUGUUAGUGUAUUUGAAACGACGAUACGAUAUGUCGGUGGUCUUCUCAGUGCAUAUGAACUCGGUGGCAAGAAGGAUGCAGUCCUAGUUGCGAAGGCCAAACAAGUCGCGGAUAAAUUGUCACUAGGGUGGCUUCUCGAGAACCAAACUAUACCGUUUGGCUUCAUUGAUUUUACAGCUGACUCGCCAGUCAUCGCUACCUCCAAUAUUGCCGAGGCUGGAACGCUGGUCCUGGAAUGGGAGACGUUGAGCAAGUACACCGGAAAUAAUACAUACACCCAAUUGACCGAGGGUGCCGUCCGCCAUAUCGCGAAUCUUCCGGCUCCUCUUCCAGGUUUAGCCGCUCAAGGCAUCGACCCCACGACAGGCGCUUUUGUCGGGGGUUACGUUACAUGGGGCGGCGGAUCUGACAGUUACUUUGAAUAUUUGAUAAAGCAUGCUCGACUAUCUAAUACUGAUGACCCGCUUUUCGUUGAGACAUGGUUCACCGCUGUCUCGUCAUCGAUUCAAACUCUCCUCAGGACCUCAACUGUCGGAAACCAUGUUUAUCUCGCUGAUUUCGACUCUUCGCAGACUAUUCGUCAUGUUGGCUCUCACCUGGCAUGCUUUUAUGGCGGUAAUUGGCUGUUUGGUGGCAAGCUAUUGAACAACCAAACCAUCGUGGACAUCGGGUUGCAGCUCGUUGAUGCAUGCUGGAACACAUACGCCAGUACCGCCACUGGUAUCGGCCCCGAAACGUUUGCUUAUAUCUCAAGCGACGGCAAUUUCACCGGCGGGGGUACCAUCAGCGCAGAUCAGUUAUCUUUCUACCAACAACAUGGAUUCUACAUCACAGGCUCAGAUUACAUUCAAAGACCGGAAGUCUUAGAAUCAAAUUUCUACGCCUGGCGUGUCACCGGUGAUACCAAGUACCUGGACCGCGCAGCGAGUGCUAUCAAGAGCUUUAGGACUUUCCUCCCGACUACGGUUGCGUUCGCAGGCAUAAACGAUGUCAACAAUAAAAAUUCCACAAAGAUAGAUGACAUGGAAAGCUUUUGGUUCGCGGAAGUGCUUAAGUACUUAUAUCUGACUUUUGACGACCCGAACCAUAUCAGUCUCGACGAAUACGUUUUCAAUACAGAGGCACAUCCAUUUGAGGCACCUAAGGCCAAGGAUGUGUAUGGAAACGGUGAACUGAAGGUGACUACAGCAUCGGCACCGUUCGUACUCCAACAAGGUCCGCCGUUACCCCAGAUUAGCCCAGAUCCACAUCUCCCGAUUCCCCUCAAGAGUCUUAUUAACCCAGAGUAG